GAAGGGCAAUUUUCCCACUCGUCCAUGAUUCAAACGGAUGAUCGGACUCCGAAGGAAGCCAGCAACGAUCUGCACGCGAGAUAUACCGACCACUCCGACUUGAGCGAGAUCUUCUGCCAUGGCGACGACCGGUGCCGCGGCUCCUGCGACGGCGAUGGAUGAUUUGACAUGCGCUGUGUGCCUGGAGCCGUUUGCGUCUCCCGUCACGCUCUAUUGUGGCCACACAUUUGAUCGCGAGUGCUUAGUCGACCUCGUGGACAAGCCGUGUCCGAUGUGUCGACAAGGCACGAUUCGCCAGGACGUCGUGGUGCAGCCAAAGAAUCAAGUCAUGUACCGCCUCGUGCUGUCGGCCUGUGUCACAUCGUCAGAUGCGAUUUUGCAACGUGGAAGCGGUCAUGAACAUGCGAGAUUGACUCGGCUCGCUACAUACGUCCGCCCCAAAUCACCCUCAUCGGUGUCAUCCAUAGCGCGGCGUACAGUGUCCGUACACUGGGGGAGGCUUGUCCUGGUCUUUCACUCGCUGUCGUUCCCGUGGAGCGCAAUGUACGGCCCCGCUGGCCUUGCCGACGACGACGAGCCUGAGAGCAUUCCGUGCUGCUCGCAGUUUUGCAGUUGGUCCAUUGCGUUUACGUUAAUCGCGUCGUACGCUCUCUCGAUGAUCCUGUCCCAGGGCCUACAAUCGUAGUCGAGAGCCAACCGUUUUUGUAUUUAUGAACGUCGCGUGGAUUUCAUGGGCAUCCGGCGCCACUAGCUGCUCACAGCACCUACAGGACAUGGCCAAAUACCACAACAUGGCUGCU